AAAUAUGAGAGUGGGGAUGUCUGUAGCUCAUUCUGCUCUCGAGCCCACCAGGAACGAAAGACAACUCCAUCUGCCCUCCAGGAACAGCUAUGAAGUUCCUCUCUGCAAGAGACUUCCAUCCAGUUGCCUUCUUGGGACUGAUGCUGGUGACAACCACUGCCUUCCCUACUUCACAAGUCUGGAGAGGAGACAUCACAGGGGAUACCACCCCCAACAGACCAGUAUACACCACUUCACAAGUUGGAGGCUUAAUUACAUAUGUUCUCAGAGAGAUCUUGGAAAUGAGAAAAGAGUUGUGCAGUGGCAAUUCUGAUUGUAUGAACAACGAUGAUGCAUUGUCAGAAAACAAUCUGAAGCUUCCAGAGAUACGAAGAAAUGAUGGAUGCUUCCAGACUGGAUACAAUCAGGAAAUAUGCCUAUUGAAAAUUACCUCUGGUCUUCUGAAGUAUCAAAUCUACCUGGAGUACAUGAAGAACAACUUACAAGACAACAAGAAAGAUAAAGCCAGGGUCAUUCAGAGCAAUACAGAAGCCCUAAUUCAUAUCUUCAAACAAGAGGUAACAGAUUCAUAUAAAAUAGUCCUUCCUAGCCCAACUUCCAGUGCUCUCCUGAUGGAGAAGCUGGAGUCACAGAAGGAGUGGCUAAGGACCAAGACCAUCCAACUCAUCUUGAAAUCACUUGAAGAAUUUCUAAAGGUCACUCUGAGGUCUACUCGGCAAACCUAGUGUAUUAUGCCUAAGCAUAUCAGUUUGUGGACAAUCCUCACUGUGGUCAGAAAAUAUAUCCUGUCAUCGGGUAUAUGACUUAUGUUGUUCUCUAGGAAGAACUGACAAUAUGAAUGUUUGGGACACUAUUUUAAUUAUUUUUAAUUUAUUGAUAAUUUAAAUAAGUAAAAUUUAAGUUAAUUUAUGAUUGAUAUUUAUAGUUUUUAUGAAGUUUCACUUGAAAUAUUAUAUGUUAUAGUUUUGAAAUGAUAACAUAAAAAUCUAUUUGAUAUGAAUAUUCUGUUAACUGGCCAGAUGGUUUCUUGGAAUGUAUAAGCUUACCUCAAUGAAUUGCUAAUUUAAAUAUGUUUUUAAAGAAAUCUUUGUGAUGUAUUUUUAUAAUGUCUAUACUGUCUUCAAACAAAAAAAUUAUAUUAUAUU